AUGACCAAGGGCGACUCACGCUCAUCACUCGCCUCACACGCAUACCCACCAUUCUACGCGUGCUAUCUACUCAAAUCGCUGUCAAGUCCUCGCAGUCGAACUACCUAUAUAGGCAGCACACCGAAUCCCCUUCGUCGUAUUCGACAACACAAUGGCGAGCUCACACAAGGCGCGUGGAAGACGCGUCAGCAUCGGCCUUGGGUGAUGGUAAUGAUCGUGUAUGGCUUUCCCAGCAAGCUGCAUGCGCUUCAAUUCGAAUGGGCCUGGCAGCAUCCCGAGGUUAGCCGACAUAUGCGCGAGGAG